GGAAAUCUCAGUGUAACGUGGUCGGGUUGGAUAGACGAUGUAUCAGGUUUGAAUGGCUUUCACUGGCAGAUAUAUCUUCUUGUUGCGACAAACUCUACUGAGCUCGACUACGAUUAUACCGCCUUGGAUGAAGGUCACUAUGACGCACAUUCAGUCGGAUGUAAUGUAUCAUUACCAAAUGCAGGAGUAUACUGUGUCUUCUUAACGGUGGAUGACGUGGCGGGAAGCUAUUGCAUUGCACGACGAUUUUUAACAUUUGACAAUGAAAAUGUCGUUACCAUUCACAAUAAAGAAUCACCUAUCGUAGUUGAGUCCGCUAUAACAAAUCCAAGUAACAAUGACAUAUGGCAAACUGAUCUUCAGGAUAAACACCACAAUGGAAAACAGGUUCAUAUUGUAUGGAAUGAUCACUUCCGCAAUACUCAUCACGAUGUAAACAGUUUUUUGGGCUCCAUAGCAGCACACGUUCCGGACAUACCCGAACCCUACGAAGAAAAGACUGGACAACCGCCGACGAUCAGAUCACGUGAAGCUAUACCUGGGGUGAAUGGCAUUGUCACAACUGAGACAGUUUACGCACUUGAUCAUCAAGGAGGGGAGAGUAUUAUUGAACCUCCCGAUCUGUGGUCGGAUGUCCCAAAUUUUCCAAUCGAAGAACAAUAUUUCGAUAUUGAAAGGGUAGAUGGAGAUUCCGUUCGUGUAUGGAUCCAAUCUUAUGACAUCAUUGGUAACUCUGCUGUGGAUGAAGUAUUAAUUCAUGUAGAUUCCUCUCCGCCUAAUAUAUUUGAUUUAGGACUAACGAAAGAUGGAGUACACCAACUUCCAGUGCACGACUCAAUAGAUCUAUAUGAUAUGAAUGUAACGUUUCGAACCUAUGACCAACAUAGUGGUCUGUUUGAUAUUAAAUGGGAAUUGAGGGAUAUGGCAGACAUAUCAAAGACAAUUGCCAGUGGCACAGUGGCUGUCCAGAAACAGGAUGGCACGUGUGAGUCUAAAUCUUGUAUAUGUAUUCCAAAGGGCGAGUGUUAUGGUACUGACUAUGCCAUACUAAUGGAUAAAAAUGAUUUCAACAAUACGUCUGGUACACAUGAUUACGAUUACGUAAUUACUAUUAAUGUCAGAAAUAAUGCGUUUCUGAUGACAACACAUCACUUCCAGAUAACUAUCGACACAAGUCCACCUACAGCAGGAACAGUUCACGAAGGUCAUGGCAACAACGACAUUGAUUAUCAGCACGAUUUCAACAUCAAUGCAUGGUGGAAUGGAUUCUUUGAUAAAGAGAGUGGUGUCAUGACGUAUAUGUAUGUAUUUGCUGACAUGUGUGCAGAUGAUAAAACAACACUGCCUACUAAGUAUGAGUAUGUAAAUAUCACAGCAACACGUGCAAGUUGGACAGCACCUGGACCUGGUAAAUACUAUUGCACAGUUAUAGCUUAUAACCACGCCUUAGAUCCUUCAUUGCCUGUAUGUUCAGAUGGCAUAGUUAUUGACGUCACCAAACCAAUAAUAGAGGAGAUCAGUAUUACAAAUUUUCGGAUACAUGGUGGACUCAUUCAAGACAGCAAUGGCACUAUAUGGAUGGUUAAUGAUCAUGGUUACAGAUACCACAUUAAUGAAUCAGUUGAAGACUGUAG